GCAUAUUUGUUAUCGUUUGACAUCGAUUGAAGGGAAAAAUAAAAAAUGGCGCUAAAAAGGGAAAAUAUUUUCAAAGAUGUUAUAUUUUUCUUUCGCCCUUGUGCCGCUAGAAGUAAAGUGCAGCCAAUAAUAGAGGAAAAUGGUGGGAAAGUUACAGCCAGAAUGACCUUAAAUGCAAUCAAACUUGCCAAUGAUGAUGAUUAUUUAGUGUCAGAUGAUUAUUUCUCAGUGAGAUACAUUGAGGAUUGUGUGAAAGCUAACGAGAUGCUUGACAAAGAAAAGUACAGGUUGGAGACCAGGAGGGUGGUUAUUCGGAAUGCCAGCGAUGAUCAGGUCAGCGACAUCUCAUUUGAUGAAGAGCAACCACAAAUAUUGCGAGCAAGCAGUAAAUACUUACAAGGGAGAAAGAUGUACACCUAUGCUGAUGACAUGGCCAUACUUAACUACAUCAUAAGUAAUGAUUAUCACGAUAAAGUGGCUGGAAACACGGUGUGGAAGGAAAUGGAAGAUUUACAGAUUACGAAACACUCUGCCUCCUCCAUGAAUACGCGUUACAGGAAAAUAAUCAAGCAUAAUCUGAAUCUAUAUACCAUCCCAGUCACCCACAAGAAGAAACUGAAUCUGGACUAUCUGGCAUCAUCUGAUGAUACAGAUUCCUCAACAGAACUAAAAAUGCCUAACAGAACGAAUAGUGAGUCGGACUUUUAUUGUAAGAAAGAUGAAAUUACCAUAAAUUCUCCCUCCAAGACCAGUUCCCCAAAAGUCUCAAAGCCAGCUAGACAGAUGGAGGAGGACAAGAGCCCCAGAAAGACAACCCGUUCACAAAAAACCAAGGAUUUCAGCAACUCUUCUGCUGAUUCCAGCGAACUGAGUGAUUCCAUUCCUGUGAGUGUGAAGAGGAAGAAAAAGAAACUGGACUUUGUCACUAGUACGAAACAGAAGACAUCAAAAAUUAACAAACAGGCGAAAAGUUCAAAUGUAGGCACACCUCAGAAGUCAAAGAUUGGGAAAGCUUCUGAAGAUGAGGAAAACAAGAUUGAUGAACAGUGUUCAGAGCCAACUAAGAAACAAGCAAGCUCGCCAUCAAAGAACUCUGUUGAUGAAAAUAUAGAGUCUUCAGACAGCAUACUAACGAGAGGAAAGGAAAGACUCUGUAAAUCCAAACCAUCAGUUGGUACACCAUCAAAAUCCCCUACCAAGACCAAAGAAUCAAAGAAAUCUGUAGAAACUAAUGGAAAUGCAACCACAGACAGUGCAGCAAAAGGUAAUGGCAAACAAAAAAAGACAACUUCACACAAAUUACAAUCUGAUCCUUCUGGUCAACAAUUAAAUACAUCAACUGCCGAGAGGAAGUCCCAGAGGACUUUGUAUAACACGGAAGGGUUCACGUUAAUGCCAGGACAAAUCACGGACAAACUCGACUCUUCUCAGACAGAAGAACUCAAUACAUCAGUCAGUAGUGUCUUUAAGCCUUCUUAUGGAGAUUCACCUAAAUAUAAGCGAGGCUUCAGAAAGAAAUCUGGCAGAACUCAGUCUCCCUAUUCUAAAGAUGUUCGUAAGUUAGAUGAUUCUGUGGAUGAAGAUGAAUUGGAGGAUGAUUUUGACAAAGAACUGAUGAAGCGUGUGGCCAAAACCUCGACACAAGCCUUUGAUGAAGAGGCUCCAACACCAUCUAAAACAAGGAAAUCUAGUUUGUCCAAUAGAAAAUAUGAUUCUGAUGAUUCAGCACAAAUAAUUACAUCCAGGAAGAAAUUAAAAUCUUCAGAAGAAACUCCUGGAAAGAAAUCUAAGAAAACCAAAAAGAAGUCAAGUCAUACAGCCUAUGUGACAGUGUUUGCUGAUGAUGAAGAAGAAAUUGUCCAAGAAGUAGUACAAGAGAACUCAGUGACGAGCAAUACUUUAGAUGAGGCUGAACUUAAAGAACUCAUUUUGUACUUGUGUGAAGAAUAUCAGCUGACAGUAGGACAGGUUCAGUACAUCUUUUACAUCAAUAAUGGUGAUGUCAAUGACACCAAGGAAUGGCUUAGGACAAGUGGGGAGUGCAAUGGUAAAUUGACGUGGGAUGUACAGGAUGAUGAAAAACUAGAUGGACAUUUAGAUGAGUUGUUCAGAAAGUAUGGUGAAACCACUGUUAGAAAUCGUAUUGCCUUUUUGGAAGGCACUUGAGAUGGAAUAUGUUUUGCCAGUAUAUGACAUGAUACAGACUGUAUAAAAAAUCUACUUAAAGUUUAUCUGCCCCACUAUGAGUGGAAAGAGAACUUGUAAAUGAAUUUUAAAGUAUGUUGUACUCUUAACUUAGUCAAACUAUUUCAGGGACAGGUCUACAUUUCUGUAGGCUAUUUUAGACCAAUGAUUGAUUUCAUAACUUGAGAAAAUCUAUCAUUGUCAUCAUUCUUUGUUAUUGUAGAAGAAAAAGUAUGAACUUUCUUUUUAUCAGAAAUGUUAUUCAAGUUAAUAAAAUAUAAUAUUACAUAAUGAUUGUCUCAAAUUUCUUUGAUCAACAGAAGUUAAGAAAAAUCCAUUAUAAGAAAUAAUUUUCUGUCCUUGAAAAUGUUGGUGAAAGAUUGAUUGCAUUCUUUUAUUGAUAAAAGUACGUGGAAAUUGUGACUGACCUAAAUGUGUCCGCAAGUGUCAUUUAAUUAAUGGAUUUUGGUGUAAAAUUCUGCUUAUCCACAUUAAUGGUUGGAAGAUGUUUAUCUCAAUUUAAACCAGAAAAAUAACAUCUCGAAAGGAUUAAAAGAAUAAGAGCAGUGGCUAAACCAUUUAGCAGCAUGUUAGUUAUUCUAUUUACUGAAGGAUUUGGGUCUGAUGGCCAUUUAACUGAUACAGUGUCCUUAACUGAUAAUGUCAAGAAUCAAAGUCGUAAGAAUCAAAAUCAAUAUUUUAUGCAAUAAUUGUUAUGGCACAGGUUGGUUAAUGUUACAACCUUGAACAGAUUGGAUGCACUUGGUAAUUAUGCAGAAAAGUGUCACAA